AUGGUAAAAGUCUGUACAAAGUGCCAGAAAUCAGUUUAUCCUCUUGAGGAACUGAAAUGCUUGGACAAGGUUUGGCAUAAGGCAUGUUUCAAGUGUACAGAAUGUCAGAUGCUGUUGAAUGUAAAAACCUACAAAGGCUACAACAAAUUGCCUUACUGUGUUGCCCACUGCCCGCAAAGCAAAGCAACGACAGUAGCUGAGACGCCAGAACUGGCCAGGAUAGCCCAAAAUACUAAAAUUCAGAGCCAGGUCAAGUAUCACGAAGACUUUGAGAAAAAUAUUAAAGGCUCCAAAAUCGAGGUAGCGGAUGACCCGGUCACUCAAAGGGUCAAGAAGGCUCAGUGGCGGUUCAGCAGCGUUCAAACCGAGCAUUUCUUUGGAUCAGCAACUGCGGCAGAACAACCACAGCAGCUAAGCUAUCGAAGCAAAGCUAUGAACAGCUUAAUCUCGAGGGCGGCCAGCAACGAUAGCGGUAGCGAAAAUGGUAAAAAAUAUUCACCAUUUAAAUCAAGAUGCGUCACUAACUCUACCAUAUAUGGGUCGGACGGAACCAAAGCCCAGACUUCAAGAGCCCCGCCCAAAAAGGUCGGUUCGAUAGCUGACUACGACCCUGUUAAUGAAAACUAUGGCUCGUUGGCUGGCGGCUACAAGCCUAAAAGUAGAAGUAGCGCUAGUGAAGACACGGAAUUCCCGGCGUCACUAACGCAAGAACAACAACAUCAGCAGCAACAGCAAUCGGCUGAUGUCGAUAAUGAUAAUGAUGAUGAUACAUUCGUGGAGAAUGAUGGUAAUAAUGUGAUGACUAAGAACGAUGUGAUGAUAACGAUGAAGACAGAUGAAGCUGCUGCUGCUGCUACUUCUUCUGCUGCUGGUGCUGAUGAUGCGGUUGGCAGCAAAACUGAUGACAAUGAUGACGAAGGAGCAGCAGAGCCAGCUUUCCCAAUUAGCAACGAUAAGAACGAUGAUGACGUCAACGAUGAUGAGGAUGAGAUGAAGAUGGUUCCGCCGGAAGUAGAUGCCAUAGCGGCCAGCAUCGCGGAGGAUUGCAUCAGUUAUGCCAUCAAACGUGUUGGUGACGACGAUGAUGAUGAUGAUGCUGGCAAAAAUGACGAUGACGAUUUUAAUCGCUACAAAAGUCCUGAAAGAAUGAACGAAGACGAUGACGAUGGUGACGAUACAAACAGAGGUCUCACUUGUCAGAGCAAUAAUAAUAAUAAUAAUAAUAAUAAUAAUAAUAAUAAUAAUAAUAACGUUGAUGGGGAUGAUGACGUGCCAGAUAAAAGCGCCGAACAAUCGGUCGAGAAAGUCAUACAGGCCACCACCAUACUUCAAACCAAACUUCCAGACCCAACGACCAUCGCAGCUGCUUCCAAUGCAAGCACAGCUACCGUCACUACAACCACAUCAGCUGCUACAGCUGUCUCCACAGCCAAUCAAAUCUCUGCUGUUGUUAAUGAUAAUGUUAGCCCGGUAGCUAAGCAAGAAGCAGCUGCAGUUUCUCUUGCUGACGUGGAAACAAAAGAAAUAGUAACUUAUGUUGACGACUCGUUUGGCGCUCAAUCUAAAUUAUCAGUUGAAGCGUCGGGGGUUAUGUUGGCAAGUGAGAGAGACAUCGGUGGUGUUAGGAGGAGACGUGAUGAUGGAGAAGAAGACGAUGAAGAUGAGAAUGAUGGUGGGGGACGAGGGUUGAAUGAAGGUCAGCAGGACGAGGGGGACUGCCUGAUAGCCAUGUACGACUACGAUCCAGACCGAGAGGAUGACGACGACGACAAUGAAAACAUCGUCUCCUUCCGAGAGAACGACGUCAUCGAUGACGUCACGCCAAUCAGGGAUGGCUGGUGCGUCGGAACUGUCAGGAGGACCCAGGAAAGGGGCUACAUUCCGUGCAACUACCUUAGGAAUAAAUCAGGAGAAGUCUACGAAGGGUGAGAGAGAGAAGGAGAGAGAGAGAGAGAGAGAGAGAAAUGCAGAUAGACGGGAGAGAGAGAGAGAGAUAAAUGAGAGAGAGUCUUUGUCGAUCGAUUUAUUUUAUGUUUCUUUUAAAGUAACGUAAUUAACGUAGUAGAGUGAUCUAACUUUAUCCAUUUCAGUUUUAUUUUUCUCAUUCGUGCUGGCGUGAUUACGCUUGCGUGUGUUAGUAUGUGUGCGUGUUAGUAUGUGUGCGUGUUAGUAUGUGUGCGUGUGUGUGUGUGUGAGUUUUUAUUCACUCUUUCAUCGUCAUCAUCAUCAGUUCAUAUUUUCUUCUUUCUUUCGUUCUUCUCUCUCCUAUUUAACACCGAUGAUGAUGAUGAUCUUAUUAGUAGUAAUAAUAAAAAUAAUAAUAAUUAUUAUUAUUAUUAUAGUUAUAUUUAUUAUUAUUAUUACUAUUUUUGUUAAACAAUCUAAUUGUGAAACACUUACUUGCUCAUGAACGAAUUUUAUUCAAUCUUCUUAUAAGUUUACAUUUUACAAAAUUGCGUAUAUAUAUAUAUAUGUGUGUGUGUGUGUGUGUAUUUGUAUAUGUGUGAGAAAGAGAAGGGUAUGCGUGUGUGUGUAUGUAUUUCCAUAUACUAGCAUCAUAUAUAUAUAUAUAUAUAUACAUUGAACAGUACAUAUUGAUAGUAAUUCCAUAUAUAUUAACGUAAUAAUUAUGUUAUAUAGCCAUUCUUUAUAAUUCUAUAAUAUUGUUGUAUGUCAUUUAGUAUUUUUAUAAAAAAAAAA